CAGAAGGAUCGAAUUGAAGACAUCACCGGCAAUAUUCCGCUCUUCUUAAACGUUUUACUGGAAUCUGAUUGCAAGGAUUUUGAAGAUGCAUUGGGCUACUUAUAUCAACAAUUAAUAUCAAAGAUACAAGACCCGAUGACGAACUUUUCAGACACCAUACCAGAAAGAAGACGGGAAUUGCAUGUAUUUUUAGUUUGCUUCGUGAUUGAAGGAUAUCCUCCAAGUGGCUACGGAGUUAAUGAUUUUGAUAAUCGCUUCUUCUACAUUGAAAAUCACCUCUGUCAUUAUGUCUGUGGGAUGGCACGGGAUUGCAUGGCGAAACAUCUCUAUGAAAAGGGCAAAAUGGAAGUAUUUACAAAUAUAAAGUGGAUCAGUUGCAUAGAGAAAUUCAAAAACAACCCAUCGGUUAAAGUAUUUUUUGUGGAGAAGGCGUGUAUUGCUAGUAUUUUUAAGAAUGGAAUCAUGGCGAACCGUGUAAAUUUUAAGCCUGACGAUAUGGAAUUUUUUUAUGAUGAAAAACAAAUCCGAUUUUAUUCGAAUGAAGGGAAAUGUAUGUUUUACUUACCACGUUGUUGGAACCAAGAGGCGAUUGAUGGAUUACUGAUUUCGCAAACAAAUAAUAAGUUGUAUGUUGCCCCAGUACAGAUUACCCUUGAUAAGAGUAGUCAUUCAGAUUCUGAGGGAAAAUUUUUCUCCAGUGUUUGGCCAAAUUUAAAAUCAAACUUAUCAUGCUUCGAGGACAGAUUAGAGAUAAUAUUUAUAUGGAUUACAAAUGAAAGUGAUACAGACGUGACAGUGGAAAGUAAGUCUAGAAAAACACGGAAUAAAUCUUUUGAAAUUAAUCCCGAUUACAUUCAGGUAGUAAUGGGAUUUGGGAAUGUCAACAGAGAUAUUAAUCAAUAUCUUAGUUUAUAG